UCCGCCUCUCCACCGGGAAUCCUGCGGAAUUCCAGGAUUUGCAGCGGGAAUCCUGCGCAAUUCCAGGAUUUGCAACGGGAAUUCUGCGCAAUUCCAGGAUUUUUUUCCUCACCCCGCAUCCCCGGAGCCCCCGGGCCAUCGAUGAGGCAUCACCAUGCUGACCAGCAUCACCGACGGCUUCCUCUGCUGCCUGCUGGGCAAGACCCCCAACGCCGUGGGGCCUCUGGACAGUGUUGAGUCCAGCGACGGCUUCACCUUCCUGGAGGUGAAACCCGGCCGGAUCCUCCGCAUCCACCACAGCGUUCCCGAGCGCCCGCGCUCCCCGCGCUCCCCGCGCUCCCCCGAGCGCGGCGCCGUGCGCUGCCAGCGCCGCAUCACGCUCUACCGCAACGGGCAGCUGCUGAUCGAGAACCUGAGCGAGGCCCAGGCCCCGCGGUGCCCGCUGCCCGACGCCAACGGCGAGCCGGGAGCGCCGGAUCCCGCCGGAGCGGCGGCCAAGCGCCGCAAGCGCAAGCCCAAGAGGGUGGUGACGGUGGACUGCAAGAAGCGCAUCACGAGCUGCAAGGGCACGCACGGGGACGUGGUGCUGUUCUUCAUCCACGGCGUUGGCGGCUCUUUGGACAUCUGGAAGGAGCAGCUGGAGUUCUUCUCCAAGCUGGGCUACGAGGUGGUGGCGCCGGAUUUGGCGGGGCACGGCUGCAGCUCGGCGCCGCCCGUGGCCGCCGCCUACACCUUCUACGCGCUGGCCGAGGACAUGAGGGCCGUGUUCAAGCGCUACGCCAAGAAAAGGAACAUCCUCAUCGGGCACUCCUACGGGGUGUCCUUCUGCACCUUCCUGGCUCACGAGUACCCCGACCUGGUGCACAAGGUGAUCAUGAUCAACGGGGGCGGCCCCACGGCGCUGGAGCCCAGCCUGUGCUCCAUCUUCAACCUGCCGCCCUGUGUGCUGCACUGCCUGUCCCCCUGCCUGGCCUGGAGCUUCCUCAAGGAGGGGACAGAGUGGCAUUUGGGGGCUCGUGCCACCUCCGGGGGGUCUCACCGCGCCGCCGGCUGCCCGCAGAUCCUGCUGAUCGCCUUCCUGAAGGUGAUCGACGAGGGCAGCCACAUGGUGAUGCUGGAGUGCCCGGACACGGUGAACACGCUGCUGCACGAGUUCGUCCUCUGGGAGCCCGACACGCCCGCGGCCCGCGGCGACGGCGACACCAAAUGAGGGCCAGCGACACGCGGGGACAGCGGGCUGGCCGCUGCCGCGGGAGAGGCGGAGCGCGGAGCGGGCUCGGCCCAGCCGCCAGCCCGGUUUGGGCCCGGGGGCGAGCGAGGAGCGACCCCGGGCUGGGAUGGCAGCGCCGGGAGAGGAGCCGGGAGUGCCCGGGGCCGGGGACAGCGGGGACACGGCACGGCCGGUCCCCAACCCCGGCAGGACAGCGGGGACACGGCACGGCCGGUCCCCAACCCCGGACAUGUCACACCUGGUCCCCAACCCCGGACAUGCCACACUGGACAUGCCACGCGUGGUCUCUGGACCCCGAACAUGUCACAUCGAGUCCCCAAUCCCCAGGGACAGCGGGGACAGUCACGGCCGGUCCCCAGCCACCCCCGGACACGCCACCCCCGGCGCUGGAGCGGCUCCGUCCCCGUUUUUUUGUCGCCGUCGUUGUCAUUCCUGCACGCGGCGACAGCGGGGGACACCGGGAGGAGGCGGCGACACCGGGAGGACACGGAAGGACCGGGGACACCGAGAGGACGUGGAGGGUCCCCGCAGGGAUUUUUGGGGCGGUUUUCAGGAGAAUCCAGAGGCUCCCCCGCGCUGGGAUUUUGGGGGUUCCUUGUGGGGUUGGGCAGCUCCUGCUGGGAUGGGGAGGAGGAUGAUGAG